AUGCGCUCUUGGCUCGGCAGGGGCAAAAGCCUCCAAUUCGGCAUCACCGUCUGCUGUCUCGCCGCCUUCAUCCUCUUUGGCUACGAGCAAGGCGUCUUUGGGCCCAUCUUGCAGAACGAGGACUGGCUUGAGCUCUUCAACAGACCCAGUGACUCGCAGACUGGCAUCAUUGUCGCCUGCUAUAACCUGGGAUGUAUGGUUGGUUGUGUUGUUGCUUUCGUCGUGGGUGAAAAGACUGGCAGACGUCGUGCCAUCUGGAUAGCCAUGACCUUUGUUGUGAUUGGCACUACGCUGCAGACCACUUCAUUCCAUGUGGCACAUCUCGUUAUUGGCAGAAUCAUCACUGGAGUUGGUACUGGGCUGAAGACUGCGACCGUUCCCAUGUACCAGUCCGAACUCUGUACACCCACAUCUCGUGGCCGUCUCGUGAGCGCCGAGGUCCUGUUUGUUGGUGUCGGCAUCGUUUUUGCAUACUGGUUCAACUUUGGCAUGAGUUUCGUGGGCGGCCCAAUCGCCUGGCGCCUGCCCAUUGCCCUGCAAGCUCUCUUUGCAAUUCUCGUCAUCAUCUUGGUCUUCGCCCUACCAGAAUCUCCGCGCUGGCUCUUCAACCAUGGCCGCGAAGCCGAAGCCAUCGAAACACUUUGCGCCGUCUACGACAUGCAGCCCACCGACGAGUUCAUCCAGUCUGAGCGGGCAGCCAUCCUCCAAGCCAUCGAGGCUGAGACCGGAGGCACCAUCUUCAAGCGGGAUAAGAACCGAACGGGCUACCGCGUCUUCCUCGCCUGGUUAAUCCAGCUUGUAAAUCAAAUCAGUGGCAUCAACAUGGUCGUAUAUUACAUCCCAACUGUCUUGGAAGAGAACGUGGGCAUGACGGUUCAGAGGAGCCAGAUCAUCGGUGGCUGCAUUAACAUGAUGUUUAUGUUUGGCAGCAUCUUACCUUCUCUGGCUCUAGACCGCAUGGGACGGCGAAAGACAAUGCUGUGGGGCUGCUUUGGCCUCGGAACCUGCAUGCUUUUCAUCUCUGCUUUGUUAUCUCAGUCGGAUGGGGGUAAGACGGAUCGAGGUCUAUCCUUUGCGUCUGCGUCGGUGGCAUUCUUCUUUCUUUAUCAGCUCAUCUUUGGCAUGUCUGUCAACUGUGUCCCCUGGGUCUACGUCCCUGAGCUUCUCCCCCUUGAGGCUCGAACCAAAGGCUCAGCCAUCGGCAUAAGCAGUAACUGGCUUUGGAAUUUUACAGUAGUCCUCAUCACACCCGUGAUAGUGCGAAGACUGCAGUGGAAGGCCUACCUGAUAUUCAUGGCGACGAACUAUGCCUUUAUCCCCAUGAUUUACUUCCUCUUCCCCGAGACAAGCAACUUGAGACUUGAAGACAUUGAUCAGAUCUUUUCGACUGGCGGUGACCCUGUAAAGGUGGCCAGGAAGAUUAAGGCUGAUGCUCGAACCGGUACCGCCCUGGAUGCUGAGGUGGGAAACGAGUCCAAGGACGCUGGGGAGAUUGAGACGGUGGAGAAGGCAAAGGUUUAG